GGGCCUGCUGGGCUUCCUGGUCCUCUCGGCUCCGCCUCGCCUCGAUCUGGCCGGACAGGGGAAACACUUCUCAGUUUCAGAACAAAAGCAACAACGGACGGACCGAGGAGGACGAAGUAACGGCGACUCAAGUUCAGACAUCGGCCCCACGGAUUAAAGAUUUCGCCCCUACACAACAAGAAUCACACGGCGGCUCAACUCGCAGGAAAGGCGACAAACUUGGCCGCCUCUCAUCUUUGUAUCCUAAACGUAAUCCCGUCGAGGUGCUUGAUAAAUAAGACAAGGGUCAAACAGGCAGACGGUAUUGUUUCCCUGCUCUUUCUCUAAACUUCAGCCAUAAAAGGCGGACCGGCGGAAGGAAAAACUCCGGGUUUUCUUUCGUUUCCUUGUCGCUCGCACGGAUCGCCGGAAUAAAAGGCGGCUUUGGUAUUUUCGGUUUCUUCUGUAGUGGUUUGCCUUCCUGAAGAGGCUACCCUUGGAUCUUUUCGGAUUUGAGAACUUGGAAGUGGAACAAAGCCAGGACUGGGAAGGGGUGAAAGAGACUGACUUUGAUAAUCCAGAUGGAAACCUACCGUGAACGCAAUGGCAGAACGCGACUAGACGCAGACAUGAAGGAGCCUGCAGAAGGUGAAGCGACAAAGACAGAAUGUGAAGGAAAGCGUUCUGCUCAGCGCUCCACUAAGGAUGUGCAUCACUCUGCCAGCGCAUCUGAGAGCAACACCAGCAAUGUGGCGAGUUUCAGCACUAACCACAACUCUGUUGUGUGCCUGCCUCUGGUGUCAGAGGGACUGAAGCUGGUGUGGACACAAUCUGAUCAGACUCGUGAACUUGAUGCUAUUCCAGAGCUGGUCCAAGCCUUCAACCUGUUUCCAUAUCCCACAUCCCGUGAGGUUAAUACCUUAGCCCGAGUGUGUGCCUUGCCACUGGACAAAGUCAAGGUGUGGUUUAUGGUGCAAAGAAUUAAAUAUGGUAUAAGCUGGGCCUCAGAGGAGAUUGAGGAGACACGGCAGAAGCUGUCAGUACCUGAGCUUUUUGGUGACUAUACUGAAACAAAGGAGGAUGUCAAGAUGAAGAGCAAGAGGAAAAGCAGUGAGGAGUUGAUAGUGGAUGACAAGGAGAGCAAUGAAAUAGAUGGUGGACUUUCCAGCUUGCCCCCACAGAAGAAUAAACCAAAGUAUGAGUCACCAGAAUCCUACAAACCACCCAAACCCUCUGUCCCAUGUUUCAGCCUGUCUCUCCCACCCCCACAGGAUUCAUACUACUACCGCCCCCCAGUGGACAUGCCAGCAACUACUGCAGCUGACGUCUCCCUUGACCUCUCGGAGUCAUCGUCCCAACAGCGCCGCCACGGACGUUACAAAAAGUCCAAAGCUCAGCUUGCUGUCCUCCGCAGCAGCUUUCUGAGAGAGAACUGGCCCGCAGAGGCAGAACUUAGACGUUUGCAGGACGAGACAGGGCUGAGCCGCAACGACAUCCGUAAAUGGUUCAGUGACAGCCGUUACCAGCUUAGGGUUGGCCGAGGAACCCUUGCAGCAGCCCAGGUUUAUUCUCAGCAUACUGCAGUUGCAGUAAAAGAUGAUCAGCAACUGCAGCCUCUUCCACUUAUUACUCAAAAGACUCGUCAACAGCUAAAUGGUGUAAAGGUGCACGAAGGAGGCCGUAGUAAUGGGAUCAAAGACUCCGAUUUCUUUCAGACUUUCCUGUCAAACAGCCUGGAAGCAUUUGGAGAAAGAGUGACAGAAACGGAAGAGGGAUGUGAGGCUAGCGAGGAGAUUUCUUGUGAUGGGGACGAUGUUAAGGACGAGGAACAAAGUGAAGACAAACCCUUACAGUUGACCAAGACCGUUAACAUUGAGCCAGAUGUUCCACAGCAACCAUCAGGUAUAUUAAAACCUUCCCCCUGCUCUUCCCCCUCUGGCACCCCACCACCAACGGCCUCACCAAAUAAACGACUUUCAGACGGCAUCAGCACAUCAAAGAGGUCGUCCCACUCCGCCAAAGCCAGUUCCUCACACACAGCGGUGCGCCACUCAGGGGCCUCCUCAUCCACGUCCCCUGCCCUCACUCCUGCUGGACGACCACGGAAGACCAAGGAACAAUUGGAUGUGCUAAAGCAGCACUUCUUGCGCUGCCAGUGGCCAAAGAGUGAAGAUUACACUGAGCUCGUGAAGCUCACAGGCUUACCCCGCGCAGAUGUUAUUCAGUGGUUCGGAGAUACGCGCUACGCUGUUAAAAAUGGUCAGUUGCGCUGGGUGCAGGGGGUCCGUGAACAGUUCUUAGCUGAACUUGCUAACCAGCAAAGUGGUAGUGGUCUAACCAAUGGAAGUGGUUCUGGGGCAACCGCUCGGGGCGGAGGUAGCCGCAAACGAAAAUCUCAAGCAAAUGGAACAAGUGCCCAAGCAGAUUCCCCUAAUAUCCAACCACUGGUAGCAUAUCACCGUUUAACAGGGGCGCUACAAGAAAAAGACCUUGACUCCCUAUGCAAGAAGUCAAGAAUGAGUUACCAGCAAGUACGGGAUUGGUUUGCAUCUCAGGAGAGCGGAGAGACAGACCAAGAGCCUAACGUUACUGAUUGAGUGAAAGACACUGGAGCCAAACUUGGGGAUAUUUUUGAACAUCAGUGGGGUUUUCCUUCUUUCCCUUUCAUGUCAGCAACUGUAGUUAUUAAUUUGGUUAGCAUUGCUUUAUAAUUGGAGCAGGUGUGUAACAGUCAGUCUUCCCAGUACAAGUCCAAACCAAGGCUUGUUGUUUUAUAUGCUGCAUUUCCUGCUUACUAAUAUAUUUGGACUUGAAUAAUACUUGUGCUGCCUAUGUUGCUGUAAAUAGGACAGUACCAUGUACACUGGUUUGCUAUAUUUUUAGGCUUAUUAUUUCUGUUUAGAUGGUCUAUCACUACUACAGGUUUUUUUUAGUAUGUUAUUGUAGCAGUAUAAUUUAUAUUGGUCGUACUUUUGGUACUUCAGUGUAGCAGACGAGAAACUGCUCUGGGAAAAAUUAUGUCAUUGAAGAUGAAAUUGUUGACUGAUCACUGUGUGUAAUCAUUCCUUUUACAGCCAAUAAUUCCUUUUCAUGAAAAGCACACUGGACAUUUACACUUUAAUUUGGCAUGUUGCACUUGGGUUGUGGAGCCUUCCAUCAUUAUGCUCAUUAAAUCCAUUUAUUUCACUGAACAUUAAUUCCUAACUAUUCAGUGUCAUUCACUUUCUCUUAAUAUUUAAGCCUCUUACCGUGCAACGUUCAAAUGUCAUGGUAUGUUCAGCAAGUGCUGGUAAAUCUAAUUGUAGUUCAAGUUAAUGCAAAGGUAUACCUGCAAUGUAUUACGAUUGAUUGAUGCCAUGCAGAAACAUUUGAUUUACAUGUAGUUUGCAUUGACCUGCGCCGUUCAACAGUAUGUUAGUAAUAAGUACUAAUAAACCAGCUUCCACAUCAGCAUUCAUACAGAUGACAGUAUUUGCCAACCUUAAUUUGGAUUUGCACUCAGCGAUUCAAUCCAUUUCAGUAUUUUUUUUGUGUGUGUUUGCCUUGAUUUUUCAGUCUCAGAGUGUGAGAGGGUUGAAAGGAUGAUUAUGAUUUCAACAAGUUCAUCUGCUGCAGAUGAAAUAGUCGUAGUCAUGGAACCUGACCUAAAAGAGUUCUGUAAACAGCAGUGUAUAAACUAGACGAGUUAGUGGAAUGACUGGUGAGGGCCCAUAUGUAACCAAGUAACAUAGGGUUUCAUUAAACAAUACACAGCUAAAUUAACAUGCUAUUUCUGUCAACUCAGAUUAUGAAUUUAAGCACAAAUGUGUCACAUUCAGGUAUGUCAGCACAUGUAUUUAAUAAAAUAUUUUCUACAUUGCUGUUUGUUAUUCUAUUAGCCAUGGAAAGGUGAUGCAAGUGUUAUGCUGUGUGGAAAAGUCCAUAAGACUUUAAUGUCUCCCUUUGCCUCAGUUAUAGAUUUCUUUACAGUAGUUGUACUCAACUUAGUUUUUUUUUUUUUUAAUUUGUAAAAAAAAAAAAAAAAGAAAGAAAGAAAAAAAUGGCACUCAUUUAAUGUUACUCUGUCUCAUUUGCACAGUUGUGUCACUGGAAACCAGUAAAAGAUUUGCCUUUACAA